AUGGAUCGCAGUGGUUCCUCCGACUUGCACCAGGCGCUGGGCACGCCGCGGGAGUCGGAGAGAAGAAGGGAGGAACUCGCCGGAGUUUCUCCGUGGGGGGCCGCGGCGAUGGCCUCGCCGGCGGCGGCGGCGGCGGAGAAGGAAGACGAGGGGAAGAAGAAGCUGGCCCCAAAGAGGAGCUCCAACAAGGACCGCCACACGAAGGUUGACGGACGUGGGAGGAGGAUCAGGAUGCCCGCGCUCUGCGCCGCCAGGAUCUUCCAGCUGACCAGGGAGCUCGGCCACAAGUCCGACGGGGAGACCAUCCAGUGGCUUCUCCACCAGGCGGAGCCCUCAAUCAUCGCCGCCACCGGCACCGGCACAGCUCCGACCACCGCUAUCGCCGCCGCCGCCGGCGAGUCCAACCAGGGGGGCUCUGUUUCCGCCGGCUGGGCCAUGAACGUGGGCCGAUCGCAGUUUGCCACCGCCGGGAUAUGGGCGGCGGGUCUCGCCGGCGACGGCAGCGCCGCCGCCGUCGGAGACUUACUGCACUCUCAGCUGUCGGGGGCGGGGCUCGGCGGCGGGAGCUGGCACUUGCAGCGCCCUCCGGGAUUGGAGCUCGGAUUGUCACAGGAGGCGCCGCCCGUUGUCGGAGCGUUGACACCGCAGUUUCUGAACCAGUUCUUCCACCAGGUGAGCCAAGGUAGGGGAGGAGGUGACGGCGGCGCUGGUCAGGGGCAGCAUCUUCCCCCAUGGAACGGCGAUUCCCAAGGAUCAAGGAGAUGA